AUGGUCCAACUAAGCACCCACGAUAUCGUCAGGAGCUACCAACCAGCGGGUUCCAGUGACGAAUCUUUCGAUAUCCAAAAAACUCCUUCAGAGAAAUCGAUUGCGCUUCAUACAGGCCAACGAGUGACCAUUCCGGGCGUCACCGUCCAACCCUCGCGCGAUCUAGGCGACGGCCCAAUACUAUUUGUUGUCGGAUUCGACUGUCCUGAUGACCCCCUCAACCCGAAGAACUGGUCCAUACGAUAUAAAUGGCUCACAUUGGGUAUCGUUGGAACUACGGGCUUUCUAGUCGGGUGGGCCUCUGCUAUUGACUCCGCUGUCAUCCAACAAGGCCAAGAGGCAUUUGGGGUCAGCAAAAUAACAGAAUCACUGGCCACCGCACUGUAUCUCUUUGCCUUCGGGUUUGGCUCCCUUGUUGCGGCACCGUUAUCGGAAACCGUUGGACGGAACCCGGUGUACCUGGUGACCUUGUCGCUGCUCAUGAUAUUUAUCAUGGCAUCCGGUCUUGCCCCAAACAUUGGUGCGCAGUUGGCAUUCCGGUUCCUCGCCGGCAUAUUUGGAUGCACGCCUCUCACCACCUUUGGCGGAAGUAUGGCCGACAUAUUCAAUCUGAUUGACCGCACCUACGCCUUUCCAGUGUGUUGCACUUUGUCUUUCCUGGGUCCCUUCUUGGCCCCAAUGGUCGGCGCUUUCAUCGGUCAAAGUAACGCCAUCAGCUGGCGCUGGGUAGAAUGGACGUCAUUAAUAUUGGCAGGCCUGAUCACUGCGGGAAUAUUCUUUCUUGUACCCGAGACGUAUGGCCCCGUGCUGCUUCACUGGAAAGCGCAUCAUCUUCGCGCAAUAACCGGCGACCAACGCUUUCGCGCUGAGAUUGAGAUCCGACAAGCCAGUCUUGCCCAUCGCCUCCUCACCAGCUGCUCCCGACCCUUCAAGAUGUUCUUCCAGGAGCUCAUGGUCGCUUUAUUUACCAUGUACUUGGUGAUCGUCUACAUUGUUCUUUUCGGCUUCCUGACCGGCUACGACUUCAUAUACGGCGAAACAUACGGGUUCUCGCAAGGCUCCGUCGGCCUCGCCUUCAUCGGGAUGAACAUCGGCUUUCUAGUCGCCUUCGCCCUUGUCCCUCAUAUUUACAUGUCCUACAAAAAACGUCUGCAAGUCGCAAUUGAGAAUGGUGAAAGCUCCCUCCCGCCCGAGGAACGCCUCUGGUUCGCCAUGUACGCAGCACCCUGGCUACCCAUCUCUCUAUUCUGGAUGGGCUGGACUAGCUACCCAUCCAUCUCAUACUGGUCAUCACUCGUUGCGUCUGUUGCAUUCGGGUUCUCCGUCCAGGGUAUUUUCAUUUCAAGCUACCAAUAUCUUAUCGACACGUAUGAGGUAUACGCUGCGAGUGCGCUGGUUAGUGCCACCUUCAUGCGGUACCUGGCCGCUGGAGCUAUGGUGAUUGUUUCGAUUCCUAUGUACGGGAACAUAGGGGUUCAUUGGUCGCUGACUCUGCUGGGCUGUCUAUCGUUGGUCAUGACGCCUGUGCCGUAUGUGUUUUAUAAGUUUGGGCAUGUAUUUCGGAAGAGGAGUCGUGUGGCGCGGGAGGAAUAA